UUCUCAGGCUCAUAAUUUCUUAGAGAGGAUGAAGAUGAUAACAGAAAAUUUUGUUUUGCCUGUCAGAAAGAGAGCAGGAUCUUGCAGACAGGCCUUAACGUCUCUGCUGUCAUACCUCUGGGACGUUUACUCGGCACCUUCUCCUGCGGGCAGAGACAUCCUCACUCUGCUGUCUCUCUGUUUCACACUUGCAUGUGUUACUGGUGGCUUGCUUCACCACUGGCUGUCAAAGAGUCUGAGAUAUGAUUACGAAGCAUCGGUUCAAACUGUCAGUAUCUACAGUGUGAGCAUGUUUCUGGUCUCCUUCCUGUGCCAUCCCCUGCGCUGUGUGCUAACAAUGAUCCUUCCUACAGUUUGCACCAAACAAGGACGGAAACUCCUCAUCACGGCCUCUGUCAUGAUUUUGGUGCUGAAUGUCAUCCCUAAUAUCACAGUAAAUGUGGGAGCAGUGGCACGCAUCCUGAAGUGCACUGCUGAGGGUUUUGCAAAGACUUUAUUAAACUCAUCUGAACCUUUGAACAAAGCCAAGACAGACCUUGUUGAAGAAGCCAUCAAAGUAAAGUGGGAGGACUUGAGCAUUGUUACCAACUUAAGGACUUUGGAUCAUUACACACAUAUUGAUGUGUCUGAUGUCAAAAGCAUGUUUACCAAGAUAAUUGGGAAGAUAGAGGUCAACUUCUCACAUGCCAGGAACCUCCUCAGAGAAUACAAAUUGCUGUCAAACCGGAUUCUUGCUGCCGUCUUUGUUGCACUGCUGAUCGCUGAAUCUGCACGCUACUUGAAAUCUUAUCUGACAUCAGUUCGUUUUGAUAAUGGGUACAUCUCCAAAGAGCUCUUGCAAAAACUGCCAAUCAAUGAAAGGCCAGCUAAAAAUAAAAUCAAUCUUGAAAACUGUAAAGUAAUAAGUCAGGAAUGUUCCUCUUGUUUCCUAUCACUGAUUGUGGUAACUUUAUAUUUCAUUGCAAUAACCCUAAUAGUAGUUUUGGAUCAUGUUGUGUACUACAUAGUUCAGAUGAUUGCACCAUGGUUGCUGGACUUUCCACCUACAUCUGCUGUUAUAAGUGUCAAUUAUAAGGUUCAGUGGUUCCCCCCUGCGUUUUGCAUUAUCCCACAAUCCUGCAUCAAACGGGAGCUGGUAAACUUCCACAGGGAUUACAAGUGGAAUUUCAGCCCUGGGCCAUCUCUCUGUGAUGUGACAACUUCAGCUCCAAACCUGGGAGUCACACUCCUGCUGGGAUGUCUCUGGCUGAUGAGCUACUUUCUGGUUUUCCUUGAGGUUUAUGCAAGGCGGCUACGCAGAAAAAUCUCUGCAUCCUUCUUCAGAAAGCAGGAGGAGAAGAGAAUAGCUUACUUGAUGAGGAAAAUGCACGUGAAGAAAAAUAAAAAACACCAAAAAGGGGACAUUUCUGUUCAUGUGCAAAUUUGAAUGACAUGUAACAGCUAAUGAAUCGACUGCUAUGACAUUGGGUUGCAUGUUUAGACCAUUUGGAUCAACUUAUCUAGUGGUACUUUCACUUUGUGAUGUAACCAAAGUUGUGUGGAUGUGUAAUUUUGUAUAUUGGUAUGAUCUGUCCUGUUAGUCUAUGUCCAUACUUUUAAUUACGAACUCUAAUAGAAUAGCUUUGCUUGAUUCACAGUUCAAAAAGUUAUCUUAUACUGGGCUUUGGUGCAGCCCCUCUCUUUAUUCUCUAUCCCUACUCACACCCAUCAAAGCCAACUGUAGAUUUUUUUUUGAUUUUUUGCAAACAAAAGGUUCAUGCCCACAGAGCUGUGUAUUUGUGUCAUAUUAAGGCUGACGCAAGAGUACAAGAGUAGAAAUAAUAGAGCUGUCUCAAUCCUGACCUUUUGGCUCACAGGGUUUACCUGCACAUACACUGAUCUGACUAAAGGUAAUUAUUUUUGGUCCAGGUGUUGGAUUUAUAACAUUUAUGUUUAAUAUUGCCGAUGAUGCCCUGUAAAAAGUUCAUUUUUAUUUUGUGUAGUGGGCCUCAGCAAGCUGAAGCAUCAUAAGCCUCCGCUGACUGAUCUUGAAGGUAAAGCCUCCCAGAUGCUAAAGUGACUGUUUCUUGUUUUCUUUGAUGUCUGUAUCAUUCGGUGGUCUUCUCUGUUUCUGUUUUGCAAAAUGUAAACUGAAUACAGUGCAUCCUGUGUAUGAGUCACAGUUAUAACACCUUUCCUCUGUAAGCGAGUCAACAAACGCCUCUUCAAACCUCCCGCCUGUGGUUCAAAGCGAUGCACCAGCACUUCUGCUGAAUCUGCAUCUUGUUUUGGACAGAGACUCGCCUGGUAACUUUUUCCCCCCAUGAUAUCAUCACAGAGCAAUGUUUUCCGUGUUCUCUUUUAUUUCUUUUAUUUCUCUGCGAGUUAGCCUUCUUUCUUUUUUUACCACUCAGCCCCACUAGAUGCCACUAUGGUGCUUUGGACAGCUGGGGACAAAGACUAAUAAGAGGUAGCAGUUUCUGUCAGGAAAUGAACAGUAACAGGUCGGAUCUUACAGUUUUUUGAACACUGUACUGACCUGAAUAGCUUUAAUAGAUUAAAUGAAUCUGUUUCAUCCACAUGUCCAAUGAUUCGCCAGCUUAUUUUAAUCACAGUGCCCCUAUUUCCUUUCUCUUUUGCAUAUCAGUAUGCUCCUGCUUUAAAUUCCCAUGAGGCUGUGAGGGUUUAUUUUAAGACCUCAUCCCAGAAUAUUAAUAGAAGACUUCUUCAUCGUCUAUUUUUACUCCUGACUUUUGGCCACUUCACAAUUGUCUCAGCAGCGUAGAGAUGAUAAUAAUAAAUUAUUCAGAUUUUCUCUGAUAUUAUGAGUUAUUACUCCCGUGUUAUAAUAAAUAAAACAAAAUAAAAUAAAUCCCUUUAUCAUCCUUUUUAUGUAUAUUUUUCAUGAAAUCUGACAUAUAUCUUUGACAAA